AUGUCAGCCCUUCGCGAGAUAAGAAGUUCAAAGGACGAUGAGGACUACCAAUGUGGCCCCGACCUGUCUGAUCUUAGUGAUGAUGACAGGGAAGCACUGGAGGAUUGCAUUGAGUCCACGGAGCGCCCAUACCCGCGUUUGAGGGGGCCUGUCACGCUGACGCAGGAGGGAGCAUGUGCAGCUGUUUGCAGCACAAUUGGAAGUGUAGAUUGA